AUGUUAUUGGAUUGUCGAAUGGGCUGGGCUAUGUGUAGUUUCAGUGUGGCCCUUUGUUUUUGUGCCUUUGCUUUUAUAAUUAUUACUUCAUUAAUACAAUUUACCUCCCAAAAAAUAAAAAAUUAUAAAGCUCCUUUUCCCUUGGACGCGGAAAAGGAAACAAUCGACGGAAAUGGUUUUCCGAAGGUGAAAGAGGCAAAUCUUUGCAAUAGACGAAGUAGAUUUUUGUUGAACAAACAAAUGGGCGAUAUUGACGACGAUAAGGUAAAGCCGAAGAGAAUAGUCUUCGUGACAGUGGGUACUACUUGUUUUGAUGCUUUGGUUAAAGCAGUGGAUACUGAGAAAGUCAAAGAAACACUGUCUUCAAAAGGGUAUACCCACCUUCUCAUUCAAAUGGGCCGUGGAUCAUAUCUUCCUACAAAGUCCGACGGAGAAGAUGGGUCUUUGGUUACAGACUACUUUUCUUUUUCAUCAAGCAUCGCCGACCAUUUGAGAUCAGCAUCUCUUGUUAUCAGUCAUGCAGUCUGCUGUAAUCAGCAACCCAUUCUAGUGAAUCUUUACCACUGGAAUUUUAUGAAUCUCUCUUUGUUGAUCGAUCAAGGAAGAUUAAAGUCCUGCUACAGCACAAGCCAAUCAUUCAGUGCAUCGACCCUCGUUUUUGCACAAACUUCUUAGUACUCACACACUGAUACAUGUUUACAGUAAUUGUUCUUCACCGUUAGUUCUUCACCUAUUUAUUCUAUAAUGUAUCUGAAUUUCCAGUAUUUGUUUUUUGACAAAUGAUCAUUGAAAUUCUAUAAAACCAGUGAAAAUUUUGUCUAUUUGGUUGCUUCUGGCUGCCACCCAACAUAUUUAACUGUUAUUCUGCUAUCAUUUGACUGUUAAUUGAAUGCCAUAAUGUCAUGCACUAUUCAAUAUGGUGUGCUAUUGUUUAUGGUGUUUUAGUCAUUGAGACGGUUACUAAUAUUUAGCAUGAAUAUGACAGAACAUGCACUGAGUAAGGUUUGACUCUGUUUAGUUUUUUCUUGAUAUACCAUAUUGGUCUUGAAUUAAUUGUUUACUGCACAAAGUUAGUUGUUCUUUUUGUGUAACAUGCUUGGAGAUUUACUUGGAGAUGAUUGAUGCAAGUGUUGAUAUCCUACUUAUGGUUGUUUCAUACUUUAACCAAAAGAGAAUUGAAUUUCGCUAGCCAUAAAAUGCUAAUCCCAUCUCAUUCUUACACCGCUAUCACUGUAGGGUACAUAUGAUAUUUCUCUCCAUUUUAGUUUUUCUUUGGGAAGUUUGUCCACAUACGUUCAAUUUUGUAACAUGUUUUGAGAUUUACUUGGAGAUGAUUGAUGCAAGUGUUUAUAUCCUAUUUUUGGUUGUUUUAUACUGUAACCAAAAGAGAAUUGAAUUUUGCUAGCCAUAAAAUGCUAAUCCCAUCUCAUUCUUACACUGCUUUCACUAGGAUACAUAUGAUAUUUCCAUUCAUUUUAGUUUUUCUUUGGGAAGUUUGUCCACAUACAUUCAAUUUAGUAGCUCAACUAUGCUGUAAAAUUUCUCUACUUAAACUAGUUUUCUGUAGUGUAAUGCUUUCUAGUCCUGUGAGCAUAUUGUACCAAACUCCUACCAUCAGAUAUCAGUUGAGCAGAAUGAACUGUUGAACUUUUAAACCAUUUCAAUUCAUUGGAGUUGGGUGGUACGAUAAGUUGCUGACUUAGAGUGUGGAUAGUAUUAUAGGAACACCACCGAAAAACAAUGAUAAUUUCUACUUGUAUCAUGAAUCGAGUCUGCAUAUAUUUGUAUAUAUGCAAGUACAUUUAAGACUGAUUUAUGUUGAUCCUGGUGGUGUCAAAGAAAUGAGAAAAGAAAGGAGAGUGUCUGCAUAAUUGUAUUUGAAUGUGAUGCAGGUUCAGGGAGCAUAUUCGAGACAUUGCGGCUGGGUAAACCUUUAAUUGUGGUGGUGAAUGAGGAUUUGAUGGACAAUCAUCAAAGUGAGUUAGCAGAAGAAUUAGCUGAGAGGAAGCAUUUGUUUUGUGCACACCC